GUUGUUCCCAACUGUAUUGUGUAUCACACCUUCAUCUUCCUCCAAGUUGCGAAGAAGCAAAGCAUUGUGUUACUUUGCAAGUUCGGAUUAUCCUAAUCAGCGUCGGUUUCACCUCCCUCCAGAAACCUCCGCGAGCGUCGGUGGCGCGUCCCUCUCACCGUUCCCGUAUCUGACCUCCCAAAACUACUCUCUCAUUUCCCCCUAACCUCUUCCUCAGAGGAAAGAGGGGGAACUCAAACUCUCACAGAUCGAUAAUGAACUUAGGGUUUUCCCGCUCACACCCAUCUGUGUAGAUACUGUAAUUAGGAGUUAUGUCGAGGCCCAUGUUGCUUGUUUUCUUGAUUAUUAUACUUAUAAUCACCUCACAGUUCGAGUGGAAGCAACCGCUUGUGGCUGAAGUUGAGUUGAAUCCCAGUGUAUCUCAGAAGCAGCAUCAUGUUUCUAAUGCUCAAGAAACCGUUAAGGAGAAGAUUAUUUUAGUGCAAGAGAAGAAUAUUCGAAGACUUAAUGAACUUGUGCGGCAUCUUCAGGAACAACUGCAGCAAUGUAAAGGAAGCAAUGGAACUAUAAAUAGCACUGUAGGCCCUCUAACUGAGCGGAUUCUUGAGCUUGAGCGACAACAAAUUUUAGAGGAUUAAGCCUUUGCAGCAUGUUAAUGAAGCUAAUCUUGAUGCUCGAGUUGUAAAGUUGUUUCUUAGUUCCUUCCAAAGGAAUUGUAUUGUUGUAACCGUUAACACAGUUGCUACAUGUAUGAAUUUCUAAUCUGAGCUCUAUCUCAUUGUGAAGACCCUCAUCAUUCAAUGAAAAAUGUAGUGUUUAAAUA